AUGUCGUUGGUCAUCGCCCGCCUCAGGCCCGCGAGACUCUCCUCCUCCCUCGUCUCCUCCCGCUCCUUCUCUUCCUCUAUCACCCUCCGCAACUUCGACCACUCCUACGACGUCGUUGUCGUCGGAUCUGGCUGCUCCGGGCUCACCACAUCCGUCGUCUGCGCCAAAAACGGCCUCAAAGUCCUCGUCGUCGAGAAAACAAGAUACUUUGGUGGAACGACCGCCUACUCCGGCGGCGGUGCCUGGAUCCCCAACAACAAGCACCAGCCCGCCAUCGGCGUCUCUGACUCGGCUGAGGAUGCCGCCAAGUAUCUCCAUAGCGUCCUUGGCGACGCCUUCGACAAAACUAAAGUCCCCGCCUACAUCGAGUCCGCGCCAAAAAUGGUCGAAUGGGUCGAGCAAAAUACCGAGAUGAAGUUCAAGCCCGUUCCCCUGCCCGACUAUCACCCCACCAAACCUGGUGCUUCUGUCGGUCGCACCAUUCUCACCACCGAGUUCAACGGCCGCAAGCUCGGCAACCGCAUCAAGCAAGUCAGAUACCCAAUCCAGGGCUACUCUGCCUUUGGCACAAUGCAGGCCGACCCCGCCGAACUCGUCUACCUGACAAACCCCUUCGGUAGCGUCUCCAACCUCGUCAAGUCUGCUACGCGCGCGCUUGGCUACGUUGCCGAUCUCGUCCGCUUCGGAAAAGGUGCCUACAUGUGCAACGGCAACGCCAUCGUCGGAAGUCUCAUGUACACCGCCCUCGAUCUCGGCGUCGACAUUUGGAACUUCACUCCGGCUGUUGCCCCCAUUCUCGACAAUGGCAGAGUCACUGGUAUCGAGGUCGUGCAUGACGGCGUCCUACAGCGCAUCGAGGCCCGCAAAGGUGUCGUCCUUGCCAGCGGCGGCUUCGGCCGCUCUCCUGAAGCCCGCACUGUCGUCCCUCACGAAUGGUGUGCCUGCCCUAGCGGCAACACAGGCGACGGCAAGCGCAUCGGUCUCGAGAGCGGCGGCGCUCUUCCUCCCAAAAACGUCGACAAUGCAAUCUUCGCUCCCAUCUCGCUCCACACGCCGUCCAAGGGUCCUAUCCGAAGAUUCCCCCAUUUCGCAAUCGACCGCUCAAAGCCUGGCUCGAUCAUCGUUGGUCCAGACGGCAAGAGAUUUGUAAACGAGUCCCUGCCCUACCAAGAGUUUGUCAAGACCAUGCAUGAAAGAAAGAUCAAGAAGGCAUUCUACAUUGGCGACAAGCAUUACCUGCGCAAGUACGGCAUGGGCAUGGCCCUGCCCUGGCCUUACCCCAUCGGCAGCCUCAAGCGCAGCGGCUACCUCAUCUCUGCCCCUUCCAUUGCCGAACUCGCAGAGAAAAUCGGCGUCCCCGCGUCCACUCUCUCCGACACCGUCGCCACGAUGAACAAGUACGCCGAGACCGGCAAGGACGCCGAAUUCGGCCGCGGCGACAACGUCUACGACCAAUUCUACGGCGACGCCUCCACAAAACUGCCUAACCCCAACCUCGGCAAAUGCGAAUCCGGUCCGUUCUACGCCUUGCCGCUCUACCCCGGCAACGUCAGCGUCCUCUACGGUCUCCAGACGAGCAUAGAUGCCGAGGUCUUGAGCAAGGACGACACCAGCAAGCCGGUCCCGGGUUUGUUUGCCGUGGGCCUCGACCAGAACACGGUCUUUAAAGGUGCUUAUCCUGGCGGUGGCUCCAGUAUCGGACCUGGCAUGACUUUUGGAUAUCGAGCCGGUCUCAAACUGUCGCAGGCUUGA